AUGUCGGGCGAAGCAUUAAAACGUAAACGUACUGUAAUUAAAACAAGGAUGACGACAUUACAGACCGCGUUAUCGAAUGAGAAAAUCGAUAAUAUUGAAGCAUCCUUGCGUUUAGAUCGAUUGACUGAAUUAUUCAAAGAAUACGAUGAUCUGACUGACGAACUUUCUGUGACAGAACCAGAUAACGAAGAACUUAUUCAAGCAGAAGAAGUUCGCAAUCGUUAUUACGCGAUUGCUAGCAAAAUAAAAACCUUGAAUCCACCCGGCGGUUCCGGCGAUCAUUCACAAAUGAACAGUUCGAGAUUUAACGAUUCCACCAUGACUGAAAGACAAAAACUCGUAAAGCUGCCAACUACAGAAUUACCCAAAUUUAACGGAAAUUUCGAAAAUUGGCUUUCAUUUAAAAACACUUUCGUGAGCAUGAUCGACAAACGAACCGACAUAGACGAUCUUAAUAAAUUCUUGUAUUUGCGUGGUUCACUAACCGGCGCUGCUGCUGACUUAUUGAAUUUCUUUGACACUAGUGCAGAAAACUACAAACGAGCAUGGGAAUUAUUAACUGAAACUUAUGAAAAGAAACGCGCUCUUAUUGCAAAGCAUUACGAUGCGAUCAUUGACUGUCCUAACAUGACAAACCCGACUUCGCAAAAUAUAAACAAAUUUGUGAGUUGUUUACGUCAAAAUACAGCGACUUUAGACAGUUUAGCAGCUCUUAAGAGCGGCGGUGUGAUGGUGCGACUAUUUGAGAAAAAAUUACCGACAGAACUCAGGAAAAAGUGGGAGGAAACUUUAAGUAACGACGAAUUUCCGACAGUUGACAAUUUUUGUAAAUUUUUGACUGACUAUUCAUUCAAGGCUAGCACACUUAAUCAAUUUACAUUUCAUGACAAACAUCACUCCUCAAAAAGACGUCACUCUGAACGCCAGGGAAAUACAAACAAAUUUCAGAAGACAGAAACUGAAGUAAAAUCAUUUAUGACAACACACUCGACGAAAUGUUCGUGCUGUGGUAACGAUCACCCUCUUUAUAAAUGCCCAACCUUUCAAGCAUUCUCGAUAGACAAACGACUAGCUUUUGUUAAGGCAAAAGGAUUAUGUAGAAAUUGCCUUCGAAUACAUAAGGAACCGUGUCGGUCUAAUACCAGAUGUAAGACCUGCAAGAAAUUCCAUCAUACCUUAUUACAUAUUAAAUCCUUCUCAACUUCACAAUCAUCAACUCAGCAUCCUCCAAGAGGACAUGCUGCAAAUUCAACGACUACUAGCAAACCAGAAUCAGUUGAAAAAGAAACAGCAGCAUGA